AUGGCGGCGGGAUUUGGUGCCAUCCCUGGGGCUUAUUCCUGGAAGAGAGGUGUUGCGACAUUCCUCUUGUGCUUCGCCAUCAUUGGCCUUUCUGUGCCACAGUUGGGCCGAACAGUGCAUGUGUUGAUUGAAUCAGAAGAAGCGACAUGGGUUUCGCGCUAUUAUGGACAGGUGGCUCUAUGGCCAACCGGCGCAAUCACUAAGCCGCAGCAUCUCCUUAUCGUGUACGAUGGCGUGUCAGUGAUGCGAUUACCGUGCAAGGAUCAUCCCACUAGUGCCCCCGUGCCUGGCACGGGUAGUGCAUCGUCAGUUGUGAGAAAUACUAUAGUUUCUUUUGGGGAAAGCACUCAUAUUUAUGCACUGGAAAGCUGCAGUGACGCUUCCUUAGGCGGAAGGCGAGUGAUGCACCAAAUCACUAUGCUGGGGGCGAACAGCCGGUUGCAAAACGUUACGGUACGCUGCGGGCCGCUUGCAGCUGGCCAAAACGAUACUGAUAAUUCUGUCACUACUUGCAUGAACUUGGCUUUUGAUACGGUUUUGGUGAAUGUGAACUUGGAACUGUACAACAACAGUGGCCACCCUAUUUCUAGACAGAGCAUCCAUCGUGCAGACAGCUGCUCUGAUGUUGGGAAACAAUUACAUUCCCUCACUCAGCUACAUCUUGGAACGAAAGAGCCGCUACUGACCUGUUUUCCCCGGGUAGGCAGCCACGAAAUGUUGCAGCUGCUGGAGGACUCUCGAGUUAUCCCUAUCAUUCUUAAGAAAAAGGUACCAUGUUCUCUUCGAUGGCUCUGGUACAUGCCAGGGAUAUUGCGGAGCAUACACUCACGGCUGGCUUACAUUGCCGAGUAUAUUGUGACCCCCUACACUGGCGUGGCCGUGGCUUGGCUCUCUGACUUAUCUGUCACCACCACAUCGUACGCAAUACGAAAGAUCGGGCCGUACGCCAUGCAUAGGGCGGAAGACGCGAGGAUGGUGAUGACAGGCGUUUACUGUGCUGCGGCGAGGGCUGUGAAUAUGACCUUCUGCAGCACUGCCAACAAGAAGUACACCAGUGAUCGGCGAUACCUGCUGGGUGUUCAGAUCGUCAACACUACGAACGAUGCCGUGCGCUUCGCGCUGGACGCGGUAGAUAUUGUGCCAGGUCUUUGGACCGCAUUUGUCUUCGCGUGGCGUUUGGAGUGGGCACUCACUAUGUACUGCCUGCGGGCGAUGAAGCUAGUCGCUGUAGCUGUGUUAGUGAAAAUUCUGCUGCCUUUUGUACAGGUGGUAGACUUCACGGUGCGUUUCCUCGUCGCCACGGCCGUCAACAUCGGGCCGUUGCUCUCCGAGGUGGUUGGUCUGUCGAGGCUCAGCAGGGCCCUCGGCAAUGCCGCUAUUUACUUGUGGCAUUUAGAGGUGCAGUGGAUCAUCGUGGAAUCAAGGAUGCUGUGGGAGCAACUUUGUAAUCUGCGCACGUGGGCUGUCACAGUGUUGGUACUCGGCUUUAGAGGUGUAGGCGCGAUCUAUGGGUGGAUAUCGCUCGGUUUGGGGAUUUACACCACUACGACGCUUUCCGCACAUGUCUUUGUGACAUUAAUUCAGACAGUGCUCAUAUUGGUUGCCAUGCGCAAUGAGCUGCUUGACAUCGCCACACGUGAGCGUGAGAGGUACCCUGCCUUCAUAAAACAGUAUGCAGGCGGGGCGUACGUCAUCAUGCUAAUGACUUUUGCAAAGGUGCACUCUGUAGCCACGUUUCGCUACGCUGGGGCACAUUGUACGGUGCUAUUUAUGUUGAUUGGGCUCUCGGUGCUUCCUCUUUUGUCAAAGAUAUACAGAAUAACCCUGUACGCGGGUUAUCCGUGCAUAUCGUCGUACGUGUGUCUCGAGUUUUUUACUAAGACUCCAAGGCGGGUUGACGUUAUCUGGCUGUCGCUAGCCAAGGGUGUGUUAAUCGUCCUCAUUGAUUGCACCAUUGGCAACUUUGUGAGGCACCUUCUGCGAGAAGUGGCUCUCUUCUUCACGGGUGUGCUUCUCUUGCUUGGCGCGCUGUGGGUGCGGCAACGAGGACUGCACUUUCGAUUCCUCAACGCGCAACAGCCCAUGUUGCUUCAAAACACCAGCAGUGGAGGUAACAACAUCGGCGCCGUCGCUGGCGAGCAGGUGGCUUUGUCAGAGAGGGAGGAGGUUCCACCAGUUGUUGGUGGGUGA